AUGUCCACCUCGUCGAUGGCCAUCGGCGCGCGCCUCGCGCCGCCCGUCGCCGGCGCCGCCCGCGCCAACGCGCGCGGGCGAUCAUCGUCCGCGUCUCUCGCCCGGAUCACCGCGUCCUCCUCCAAGCGUCGCGCGCGGCGCGCCUUCCCGGUGGUGGCCGCCGCCGCUGACUCCCCCACCGGCGCGUCCGACAAGGAGCGCGUCGACAAGACCACCAACGCGGACGGCAGCGUCGUGUACUCCUUCGGCGACGACGUCAUCGCGGAGGUGGACACCAAGACGUCCUUCGACCUGCCCCCGUUGGCGAAAAACAGCGAGCGCGACGACGGCGACGACGAGGACGAUCGGGCCACCACCGGCGAGGCCCCCGCGUCCAACGCGGUGUGGAAGCGCAGGGACGAACCCGCGCCGCCCGCGCCGUCCCGCGACGCGACCCAAAACGCGCCCCCCGUCAACACGUCGGGGCCAUCCGCGCCCAAGUUUAACCUCACGCCCAAGAAACCCCCCGCGGAGGAGAAGGAGAAUGAGAAGCCGCAGGCCGCCGACGCCGCCGCCGCCGCCGCGUCUCCCGAGUACGACCUCGAGGACGCCGAAAACGCGCGGAAGGUCGCCAAGGGCGCCGCCAUCCUCACCGCGGGCACCGCGUCCGUCGUCGCGCUCACCCUCGGCGUCGGCGGCGCCGCGGUGGUGGAGAGCCUCGACAAGAUCCCGCUCCUCUCCGGCUUCGAGGAGGCGCUCGGCGUCGCCGUGUCCGCGUACUACGCCAACAAGUUCAAGGGAUCGUUCCUCACCGCCGCCGGGCGCGAGUCCCUUCGCCUCGGUCUGGUGGAGAAGUUCACGCAGGCUACCGGGCUGGCGAGUUUAGCGGGCAAGCUCGCGAGGACCGACCCUGAGUUGGACGCUCAAAUCAAGGGCGUCAUCGGCGACUUGUCGCAGCUGCCAGAGAACGGCGAGGAGCUCCCGGUCGCCGUCCGCGAGGCCAUCGCGUCCUUCAUCCGCAACAGGGACGGGGCGCUGGCGGAGGAGACCGCCGCGCUGCGCGCCAGCAACGACGCGCUGCAGCGCGAGGUUGACAAGAUUGAGCUCCUGCAGACGGACCUGGAGCGCGCUCGGCGGGAGACGACGUACGCGCGCGCCAACAUCAGGGUCAUGAACCUCGGCGAGAAGGAGCGCCAAUCGCUUCGUGACGCCGCGGACGAGGCUAAGAAGGCGGGCGACGCGCGCGUCGACGCCCUGCGCGAGCAGAUGGAGAAGAUGGCCGCGGACGCCGCCGAGGCGGCCAAAGAGGCGGAGAAGGCGCUGGAGGCGGCGAGAGCGGAGGCGAGCCGACUCGCCUCCGAGGCGGAUUCAGCCGCCGCUUUGGCCGAAGAUGAACGACGCCGCGAGGUGGCCGCGGCGCUCGCGGAGGCUGAGCGCGCCGCCGCCGAGCGCCUCGCCGCCUUCGAGUCAUCCGCGGCGGCGAGGGCGGCGGAGGCGGAACGAGCGGCACGAAACGCGGCGGCUGAGGCCGAGGCCGAGUUCGCGGAAGAGCUCGCGGCGAAGGUGGCGGAGGCGCUCGAGGCGGCCGAGGCGCGAUCCGUCGGCGACGUCUCCGCCGCCAACGAACGCGCGGACGCGGCCGCGAGGGAGCUCGACGAGCUCAGAGCGUCUUACGCCGAGAUGGAGCGUAGCGUCGAGGCGAAAUCCGCCGCGGCGGCCGACGCCGCGAGGGUCGAGUCGGAGGCUGCCGCCGCCGCCGCGCUGAAAAAGGCGGCGCAGGAGGCUGAGGCCAAGCUCGUCGCCGCGGAGGAGAGGGCGGCGUGGGCCAUCGAGGAGGAGCGCGCGAGGGCCGAGGCGGCGAUCGCGGCGGCGAACGCGGACGCCGCCGAGUUGGCGGACGCGAUGAAGAAAUCGGAGGAGGCGACGCGCGCCGCCGAGAGGGCGUCCGAGGAGGCCGAGGCUGCCAAGAAGGACGCCGAGGCUGCCAAGAAGGACGCCGAUGCUGCAAAGAAGGACGCCGAGGUGGCCAAGAAGGACGCCGAGGUGGCCAAGGCAUCCCUCGUCGAGUCCGAGGCCAAAUCCGCGGAGCUCGAGAAGAAGCUCGAGGACGUCGACGCGAUCCUCGCGGAGGCGCGGGAGGAGGUGGCCGCGUCCAAGGCCGAAUUCGACGCCGCGCUGACCGAGGCGAGGGCCACCGCCGACGCCACCGUCGUCAAGGUCAAGUCCGAGCUCGCGGACACCCGCGCGGAGCUCGACACGGUCAAGGGCGCGUAUCAAAAGUUGGAAAACGACGUCGACGUCAAAAUCGCCUUCGCCGUCGAGGAGCUCGAGCAAAAGUACGACGCCGCGACGACACGCGCGGAGGCGUCCGAGGCACGAGCCGCGCAGGCGGAGGCGCAGUUGGCGGACAUGAACGAGCGCGUCGAGGAGCUCGAGUUUUUGCUCGCGAGGGCGGAUGACGAAGCCGCUGCUUUAGCGGAACGCGCCACAGCCGCGAAGCAAAACAUGGAGUCCGACGCGGAGGUGCACAACCUAAAGACGCGGCUCGACGACGUCACCGCCCGGCUCGCCGCCGCCGAGGCUGCCGCGAAGGCUGCCGAGGCUGAGGCGACCGCCGCCACCGCGGGGCUCGCCGCCGCCGAGGCCAAGGCGGGCGCGGUGCUCGAAGCGGCGGACGCGGCGGAGGAGGUGGAGGAGGCGGCGCGGCGGAUGACCAAGCGCGUCGCCGAGCUGGAAUCCGAGGUGCGACGCGCGGACGCGGCGGCGAAAAAGGCGGAGGCGCGGGCCGAGCGGCUCGCGAAGAAGCUGAACGAGACGAUCGACAAGAAGGAGAAGACGACGAAGAGGAAGAAAGCGGAGAAGAAGGCGAAGGCGAAUGCGGCGGACGGAGCAUCGGCGGAGGGCUCCGAGAAUGAUUUCGCGGAUGAGUUCCUCGACACCUCCGUCGACAUCGUCGCGCUUCCGGCGCUCUCGAAGAUGAGGAAGCAAGAGCUGGUGGACGAGCUCGCGGCGCGGGGGCUCGACGUGUCCGGGACGGUCCCGGUGCUUCGCGCGAGGCUCAGGGAGGCGCGCGCCGCCGCCGAGUGA